ACGUGGGGGAAGGCGCGCAUUUAUUUUCCAUUUUCUCCCCGGCGACACGGCGGCGCCACCUAAUAAGUGAAGAUAUGCGAUUAUGGCGUCCCAAUCGUUCCCUUUCAUCCGUCGGUGAAAAUCUGUGUGAAUCUCUCUUUUUCUUCCGUUCUCCGAAGCUAUCCUCUUCGUACCUAAUCUCGUCGCCGAUCUUACUCCACUCCUCGGAAUCUCACCGUGUCUCCACAUUUUCAACUGCCGAAGACGAGAAGUAUGGCUUCCGUCGGCCGGAGAUGUAUGGGAGAAGCCUUUCCGGAACCGUUGGUGCUUACGAGCGCCACGUGUUCCUCUGCUAUCGAAGUCAUGAGGUUUGGCCGUCCCGUGUUGAAGGCUCGGACGCUGAUCUGCUACCUAAGCUCCUUUCCUCAGCCAUAAAAACUCGUGAAAAGGAAAUUUCUGUUAAGACGAAGCUGACGAUAUGCGAGGCAGGGGAGGGAACUGAGCAUUCAGAUGGAGAUGUAUUGGUUUUUCCGGAAAUGAUCAAAUACAGGGGUCUGAAAGACGAAGGCGUGGAGAGCUUUGUUGAGAAGGUGCUUAUGGAUGGUAAACAGCAGGUUUAUGGGGCACAUGAUGUGUUGGCUGGCUCUUAUAUUUUUGUAUGUGCACAUCGUAGUCGAGAUAAGAGAUGUGGGGUCUGUGGAACAGCUCUCAUUACAAAACUUAUAGAGGAGAUUGAACUAAGAGGACUAAAGGAUCAGAUUUGUGUACAUGCGUGUUCACAUAUUGGUGGACACAAGUAUGCUGGAAACGUGAUUGUUUUUAGUCCAGAUCUAGAUGGGAGAAUCAUGGGCCAUUGGUAUGGCUAUGUUACUCCUGAUGAUGUGCCUGAAUUGCUGGAUAGACAUAUUGGAAAAGGCGAGUUAAUAGAAAGGCUUUGGAGGGGUCGAAUGGGGCGAAUCAAUGAUGAGGAUGGUAAAAAAGUAGAUGAAGACAAGCUUCCUAGUGCUGAAGUCUCCAAGGAAACUAAGAACAAACCUUGGGAGAAUGACAUCCAGGGCAACAAUUAGAAAAGAAGCCGCAAGCAAGUGGGCAGGGCGCACCCUCCUGCUGAACCAGAACUUUGGAACAGAGUGGUAUUCUUAUUUCUUGCUGCUCCUGUACUUGUAUGAGCUCUGGCAACAGGUUGAUAUGGCUUACAAAUUCUACUCGAUUGAGCUAAAAUAUAUUCUUAGAUUAUGUUUAUUUUUCCAUGUGCCUGCCUAAUCUGUGCCCUGAUAUUCUGUAGGCAUGCAUUUCAACACUUGGGAGUAAAAAAAUCGAUGUGACCGUAGAGAAAUGUUGGUUAUAUUUUCCUUUUACCAGGAGGAGAUUAUGAAUUAUCAAAAACUAGCAAAUAAAUUGAAUUCUUUUUCUGCUCCACCACUGAUUGUUAGUUGUGGUUUUAACAUAUCUAAGCAAAGCAGAAAUCUUGUGUGAACGGAUGGAUCAUUUUUGGUAAAUGGUUCAUAAUCAAAUCACUGGCUAAAGGUGUUGACCACUCAAUUUGAAUGGUUUACUUGACUUGUAUGAAACCCACAAUCGAAUGUUAACUAUAGAAUUUACUCAAUGCCUUGUAAAUAAGAUCUUGAAUUAGAGCUAUAAUCUUCGUUUCUCAUAUCAAUAUUCAAAUUUCCUAGCAACCUAUAAAUUUUCUCAGAUUCUGGAUGUAGUGUAUAAUCAGCUACAAAACUAUUCACCUCACUUCCUGCUUUAAUCGCACUUUGCCUAAGCAUCUUCUUCAAACCCUUUUCCUUAGUUUUGCUACAUUGUUCCAAUUCUUCUCCACAGCAUAAAUGUUGGGUAGCAGUAUCUAAUACCCAGCAUGAUUAGGAUCUAACUCGAAGAGACUCUUCGUUGAAACCUCUCCUAUUUGACCAAGAAGAUCGAUAAUAAUGCCAUAAUGCUCGCUGUUGAGUUCUUAUUCUGUGUUCAGGCAACAUCUAUCCCUUCUUCAAUCAAACCGGCAUGGCUACAAGCAGAAAACAAUGAAAGAAAUGUUAAUUCAUUGGGUAUAACUUCUGAUUUCUUUUGUCUUUUUGUCAUGCAGUUUCAAAGCUUCACUUCCUUGUCCCUGGAUUCCGUAGUCUGCAAUGAUUGCACUCAAGGCCAAAUAUGAGCGUAUGACAUGAUGAUUCGAAAGCUGUAGAGAUUACAGAAAGACGCCACCUACAGCGAAUUUGGGCUCCAUUUACGAGUUGGUUGAUUGGCUAGUAUAAUCUUUUAUGGCUCCAAAUUUCUGAAGUUUCCAUG